GCCAUGGCAGAGCUUGGAGAGACCUCUGUUUCGUCUCCUCCUCCAUCCAAUCUGAUGAAGGCAAAGCCGGUUGUCGUUAGGGUUAAGAGAAAGCUUUCUCAGGCGAGACUCGACGCCUUCUGGUUGGAGAUCAAUGAAAGGCCACUUAAGAGGGCCUUGUUGGAUCUUGGAAGCCUCUCCAUCUCUGAUUGCUCCACGGGAAAAGUCCUCAAGGAGUCAAGAACAAAGAAGCUAUUGGUGCAACAUGUUGAGACUAUAAGGCACUCUGAAGCCAUUAAAGAUGUUUUGCAUUCUUUUCUGCAACCUGGUUCUAGUGGUUCAAAAGAGUUCAAAAGGAAGAUUGAAGAGCGGAGGAGUGCACAUAAACAAGAUAAACAGAAGCAAGAUCAGCUACGGUCUGCAGCUAUACAAAAGCAUGAGGAUCUAGCAAGAAAUGCUCGUUUUGAACAAAUAUGGAAGAGCAGAAGGGGCUGUACAGAUCCGGAUGAAGAUUCCUUGCGCGAAUUAUGCCAUCUUUAUGAUGUUGUUCAAGUUGAUGUUGAGGAUAGGACAUCUAGGAAGGUGCAAAAGCCAGAAGUUUCCGAUCUUGAAGAUAACGCCAUUUUGUGUAACUAUCUGCCACUGAUAAGGGAAUAUCUUCCAACAGCUGCUGCAGAGAUAGAAUCUGAUAUGCGUGCUUAUGCAUCCAGAGAAGAUAACUAUGUCUAUGACUUGUACACUGUGGAUGAUGGUUUGAAAAAUAACGAGGCAGACAAGGCAAUUGAUUAUCCACUGGUGCAAGUAGAUGUUGAUGAUGAGUAUUAUGAUGGCCCCCUGCAAUCGGAAUAUGAAAGUGAUGAUUCAAAUGCUGAAGAUAAUCCAAGGAAUGAUUAUCCUGACGAAGAGUUAUCUAGGGAUGAUGAAGAUGAGGAUAGAGACCCUUUCAAUGAUUUGGAAGGUUCAGACUCUCAAUAUGAAGAAGAAAUUGUUGAUGUUGAUGAAGAAUCUGAAGAUGACCAGAGAUAUGAAUAUCACGGAGACCAACAUUAUACCUAUCCAGAAAACAAGUUUGAUAGGAUCCGUAAUGCCAAGUUUUUGUGAUGAUGCAUGCCUUAUACCAUUGUAUUGUCCAAGUUGCAAUCACUUUUGCGAAUCUCUGAUUGCACACUCCGUCAAAUUAGCGUUACUUACAAAGUAUGAUGUCAAAACUUUAUUAGCUGGAAAAUACUGCCUUAUCUGAAGCAUAUUGUUGAAAAUGUGCUCCUGAGAAUAUUUUUGUUUAUAAGGUUGCUCAUGUCUGUGGAUUCCCAUUGUUUGGUCUAACAUUUUUGGUGACUACAGAGUCAGAUGAGAGUGAGUGGCUUUGUAUAGGAUUAUCAGUAAGGGGUGCUAAUCUACCAUUGUUCUAUUGAUCGAGUGCAACC